CUGUCAAGUUUAUUCAACCGGUUGGGUUUUAAAUUAUUAUUUAUUUUUUAUAUCCACACACACUCUUAAUUCGCUGUGGUCGACGAUAUCGUGCUUUUUAAUAAUAAUGUAAAUAUUUUGUUUCAACUUGUUUGUUAUUUUUCUCUCAAAAAAAUGUUAACAACGGGAUCAAUCAAACUGUGUUAAUUAGAAAUAAGUAACCUACCAAAAAAAAGGUCCACCCUAAUCUGGUAUUAUUAAAUGCAAUUUUAACAUUCGAAAACGAAAAAGAAAAACACAAUUCUGAAACGCACGUUUUCUUAUCUUUAAUUUUAAAAUACUAAAUUGUUUGUGAGACUUCUUGUUAGUUAGAAAAUCCAUUAAUUAGCUAAAAUGGCAUUGCUGAGGUUAGCAAGACAACUUGGCCUAUUGGAGACAAUCUAUGUUGACGAAGCUGGCAAUCAACAUUCAUCGAGAAGACAAAAAAUGCAUAAACUUGCAAUACAACCAUUUGACUAUGUGAUAGCUGUUGAUUUUAAAGCCACCUGCUGGGAGAAUAUAGCACCACCUAAAUGGCGGGAAUCAGAGAUUAUCGAAUUCCCAGCAAUUUUAGUGAAUCUUAAAACUGGCAAAAUUGAAUCUGAAUUCCACGAAUACAUAAUGCCCAUUGAAUCACCAAAACUCAGUGCAUUUUGCACCGAAUUAACUGGCAUCACUCAAAAAACCGUCGACACUGGUAUGCCUUUACAAACUGCCCUAAUGAUGUUCCAAGAAUGGCUGCGCAAAGAGUUGCGAGCUAGAAAUUUGCACCUGCCAAAAAUGUCCAAAGAUAAUAAAAUGGGAAAUUGUGCAUUUGUGACAUGGUCCGAUUGGGAUUUUGGUGUUUGUUUGGCAAAAGAAUGCCAACGCAAACGAUUAAAGAAGCCACAAUUUUUCAAUCAAUGGAUUGAUUUGCGAGCAUUAUUUCGGGAAUGGUAUAAUUAUAAGCCAAUUAAUUUUAAUGAUGCUCUGCAGCAUGUUGGGCUGGAAUUCGAGGGUAGAGAACAUUCGGGUAUAGAUGAUGCAAAGAAUUUAGCAGCAUUAGCGUGUAAAAUGGUAAAUGAUGGUGCUUCGUUGGCAAUAACAAAAGAUUUAACACCGUUUCAAUUGAAUAUGAAUUUCGGAUAGAAAAUUAAAUUAAUGAAAUCAAAAAUUUGUAUUAUAAAGAACUUAAACAGAAAAAGACUUAAGUUUUGAUUUAUUAUUAUUUAAAAAAAAAGUUUAUUUCGCAUAGAACUUUUGUAAUAUUAAUAUUAUUUUUUUAUACAUAAAUAAGCCCGGUACGAAAUUAAAAUAAAUCGAUAAACACAGCGUACUAGGAUUAAAAAAAAUGAUACUAAGUAUAGGAACAAAAUUAUAAAAAAAAAUAAAUAAAUUAUCAUCUAAUGCAAUACUAUUUAGUAAUGUUUUUGUUCAUUUUGUUAAUUUUUAAGUUAAUUUAAUAUCUGUUUUAGAUUUAACAUAAAUAUUAAUAAGGUCACGCGUAACAUAAUUAUCGUUUAUUUUUUUGUUUUGUUUAAUAUCAUUCAUAAAACAUUAAUAAAAUUGACGAAUUUUUAAUAAAAAAAAGGAAGAAAACAAUUUGUAUUUUUAUAUUUAAGUAAGAAAAAAUCUUAAAAAAUAUAU